UCGACUCUCAGUUGUAACCGAUCUUCACUUCUUUUGCUGCUUCGCCUCGUUCCUUGCUUUCGCCAUUAGUAAUUUCGUGCAGAAUGUCUGUAAAAGAUAUUUAUUACUCUCCAAGAUACGCCGACGACGCAGGUGAAUACGAAUUUAGACAUGUUAUCUUACCAAAGGACAUCGCCAAGAAAGUUCCUCAAAGGCUUAUGUCAGAGCCAGAAUGGCGAAAUUUGGGGGUUCAACAAUCGCAGGGAUGGGUACAUUACUUGAGACACGGACCAGAACCACAUAUACUCUUAUUCAGGAAGAAAGUGAAGUAAGAAGCCUACCUCGGGAUAUAUAUUGUACAGACACUUAUGAAAUUCAUUCAAGUCAGAUUUAAAAUGUAAUGAUAACAGUUGGAUUCACGUUAUAAUGGACUCUGUCUACACGAACAACACGAUCAAGCGCUUCAAAAAUCGUAAAAGGACUACUUCAGAUUUAAUAAUAAUAAUGUUGUCAAUGGCUGCUUCUCCAGGGUGAUUGUGGGCUUGUUGAUAUCACUUUGUAAAUAUUUAUAUGCAAUUUUUUUUACACUGUGAAUGUCUUAGAUAGCUAAAUUUGUGCAUAAUUGUUUUCAAUUUACCUUGAUGUUGGUAAAAUGCUCAUUGCUUGACCUUGUUACAAUGUUCUUGCUUCAAAUUUUUCCUGUGGCUCACUCAGAAAAACAUGCCAUUUUUUAAUUUUUACUCUAAACAACAUUUUAAUGAGGUUUUGUUUUCAAUAUGAUAACUCUAAACAAGAUUUGCAUAACAUGUAACAACUAGUUUAGUACCUAUUAAAUAAGUUUCUGUGGUCAAAAAUCCUCUGAUCAUUGAUUUUAUUAAAAUUUAGAAACUAAAAAUAGCAGGUAAGGUGUCAACACCUCACUGCUAGACAUGGCUGGGCAUUUUAUUUUGUCUAGCUACCUGUGCACAGAGCAUGAAAAUACAACACCUUUCAACUAGGGGAAAA